AUGCUGCAUGGACUUCCUGGAUUCAAUAUAGAAAUGCCUUCAAUUCUUUAUCCUACUCCCUUGCCUCAGUAUGACGGAAUUUCACCUACAAAACCUGAACAAAGCGAGGCAACCCCAUCUCGACCAACUUGGAACAAAAAGAAGAAAUCCAGGGCUAAACAGAAAAAAGGCCAACAGGAGAGUGAGAAGAAAGAUGGAACAGGAGAAAGUGAUUCAGGGGAUGGACUCACUGCUGCUGUUGACAAAUUGAAACUGUGUUCAGCAGGUGCAAACUACAAUCCCUAUUUAACUUCUCAGAAAUCACCAAUGAAAAAUACUGGAAAGGAUCCACCGCACUCACCAUCUUCAAGAUUUAAAAAAAAUGAGCAGCAGUGAUUCUGAAUUUUCAGAUGCCGAAGGUGGCUUACAAAGUAAAAUAAGGUCUUUCCAAGCUAAAGUUCGACAAGGCGCAAUAUCCUGCUUUUUAUCUACAAUAAAGUCCAUUGAAAAGAAAGUUCUUUAUGGCUAUUGGUCAGCUUUCGUCCCUGACAUACCUGGCAUAGGAAGUCCACAAUCUGUGUCUCUCGUGACCGUAAUACUUAAAGACUAUUCUCCAAAGACUCGUGCUUGUGCACUCCAAGUCCUUUCUGCCAUACUGGAUGGAUCGAAGCAAUUUCUUUCUGUUGCUGAUGAUGCAAGUGAAUAUAAACAAGCCUUUACUCCAUUUUCAGUCACCAUUGCCUCAAGUAUUAGGGAACUGCACAGAUGUCUGCUGCUAGCAAUGGUUGCUGAGUCUUCAGCACAAACACUCACUCAAAUAAUUAAGUGCCUUGCAAAUCUAGUGUCAAAUGUCCCUUAUCAUCGACUAAAACCAGGUCUACUCACUAGAGUUUGGAACUAUAUUAAACCUUACAUCCGCAAUAAAGAUGUGAAUGUUCGAGUAUCAGGCCUUACAUUGUUGGGUGCUAUUGUAUCUGCUCAAGUACCUCUACCUGAGGUGCAGUUACUACUGCAGCAACCAGUUGUUUCAUUGCUACCAAACAGUGGCCCCAGCACCAUUACACGGCUCAGUGAUCCUGACUGGUGGAGAAAGGAGACCUUUCCAGAAUUAGAUGUAAUCAGUGAAAUAAACCCUCAACAUUCACUGGCUGAGCCAUGCUGGCUAGUACGUUUGUGUAUAUCACUGGUGAUCAAUCCAAGGGAAGACUCCUAUUCUGACAGUGAUAUCUGCUCUGCCACUGCUGUCCAGUAUGAACCCUCUCCUGUCCGCUUGGAAGCUUUGCAGGUGUUGGCUCGUCUGGUAAAGGGAUAUUUCAAUAUGGCACAGAGCUAUCUUAUGGAGUUGGGAGAAGUUGCUUGCAAAUGUAUGCAGGAGAUGGAUGCAUCAAUUCAGCUGCAUGGCGCAAAGCUUUUAGAAGAGCUGGGUACUGGGAUAGUCCAGCAGCAGAAAACUGAUUUGUUAAUCCCUACUGAAAAGAAAGUGACUGUUAGUCAGGCCGUAGCAUUUUGGAACAUGAUUCUGAAUGGUCCUUUUACCAGCAGCCUUGCAGAAUGAGCAACAUCCUACCCUUCAAACAACUGCUUGUGAUGCGUUGUCAUCUGUCUUACCGGAGGCAUUUACCAGUUUACCAGAUGACUGUCAGAUACUUUGUAUAACACUGUUGCUUGGCCUGAACCAUAGUGAAAACCCACUAGUGAAGGCAGCUGCUGCACGAGCUCUUGGUGUGUACAUACUGUUCCCUUGUCUUCGGCAGGAUGUUAUGUUUGUAGCUGACUCUGCUAACGCUAUUCUGAUGUCCCUUAAUGACAAGUCUCCAAAUGUUCGGGCAAAGGCAGCCUGGUCUUUGGGUAACCUUACAGACACAUUAAUUGUUAACAUGGAAAUAAUUGGACAAAGUUUUCAAGAGGAAUUUUCUGAUAUGCUGCUUCUUGAAAUGUUGAAAUCAGCAACAGAAGCUUCAAAAGACAAAGAUAAGGUGAAAAGUAAUGCUGUACGUGCUUUGGGGAAUCUGCUGCAUUUUUUGCAGCCAUAUCACAUUCUGAAGCCCAGGUUUACCGAAAGUAUUGAGAGUGCAAUCAGAGCCCUUAUCUCUACAGUUCUUGGGGAGAGCACUAUGAAAGUAAAGUGGAAUGCUUGCUAUGCAUUGGGAAAUGUCUUCAAAAACACAGCUCUUCCACUUGGUAAAGCUGUGUGGACUGCAGAUGCCUAUCAUGCACUCACUACUGCUGUGAAAUCAUGCAGGAAUUUUAAAGUGCGGAUUAAAUCUGCAACAGCUCUCUCAACACCUUCGAGAAGAGAACAAUAUGGAACAAUUGAACAAUAUAGUGAAAUCUGGAAUUCUUUAGUGACAGCCCUGGAGAAAAGUGAAGAGACAGAAGAUUUUCUGGAAUUUAAAUACUGUGCUAGCCUUCGUGCACAAAUAUGCCAUGCUUUGAUACAUAUGCUGUGCAUGGCAAGCCUAGGAGAUUUGCCAUGCAUUAGAAAGACUGUACUGCAGAAAGGAAGUGUGAUCAGGAAUUACCUAUUACAGUAUGUAAAAUCAGGAGUAGAUGAGACUGAAACACACACUGACAGAGAAAAUGUAUUUCAGAGAGCAGCAGAGCAUAUACGCAGUAUACAAGAAGACCCAUUAGGUAGAAAGGUGAUUGCAGAGGUUGCUUUCCUUGAGGAUAUAUUACGAAGUUGUGAAAGAAAUAGACGCUUGAACUGA